UUCGCAUUUGUAACCGCGAUUCGCACGUGAGUUUGUUUUGGUUCGGUAGUUUUGGAACAUUUAUCGCUGUUUUCAAUAGUUUUUAGUUGUUUAGUCAAUAGUUUACCGGUGCCAAAAUGGAAUUGAAGGAAGAAAUCUUCAACCGGCUGGACAACGCGGACCAGCCCUUCGAGACGAACCUCGCCUACGGCAUCAAGCUGUGGAAGUCGAACAGCUUUUACUACAUGUCCAAGUACGAGGUGAUAUUCGAGUUUUUCGUCGACCGUGUUGCUGGAUUUGGGCGGCAGCUGAGUGGACUUCCGGUGGACGAGUUUGACUCCAAGUGGCAGAUUGUGAAUGAGUUUUUGGCACUGCCGUGUCCGUCGAAUGCACUUCCACAGAGACUGAUUCCUAAGCUGAGGGAAGCGUUUGGGGAGGUGAAUGGGAGGACUGAUAGUAGAGUUCUACUGGAGAGCUAUUUGAUCGUAACGUUCGACGUGAAGUACAAACAUUUUUAUAAGUUCAACUACAAGAGCUAUGGACAAACCUUGGAGCUGGCAUUGAACUACUACGGAAAGUUCUUGAAGGGGAAUUUCGACAAGGAUCGGGAAGAGGAAACUAUCAAGCGAAUCUUGGAUGACAUUCGGAUUUAUGUGAAAUCGGCGGGGGAUGGCGAAAGCUGGCAGAAUGCAUUCACCGUUGCCUUGACGAGUGUUUGCAACGUGAUUUUGACGUUGAAGGCACACGGCUUGGAUCGGCAGGAGGAUUUGCUCCAGCUGUUGAAGGAAGUUUACUUUCAGGAGGGGCAAAGUUCGAAGUACAAUCGAGUGGUGGAUCAAUCGAAGAAGCAUUUGCUGAUGGGAUAUUUCGAUCCGAAGCAGUUGCCAGUGCAUGUGAUUGCUUUGCUGAUCGAAGGAUAUCUGAAGGCAUACCGGGACGUGAAGCUGGACGUUUUGCUCUUUUUGAAGUACAUUUUGUUGCACGUGUUCGUUGAUCCAGAGAAAUCGGUUCUCUCCGAGGCGCAUCAAGUGUUUCAGCUGACAAAGUAUGUUUUCCAUUUGUUGAAGAAGUACUUUAUUAAAAUCGACCAGAAGUUAGUUCAGGACUUCGAUUUCACCGGGAUUUUUACGAUCAAGCUGAAGGAAUUCUUAGAAAAGUACGAUUCUUCGGAGGAGCAUCUGAGAGAUCUGUUUUCGCUUAUCUGCACGAUAAACGAGUACAACCCGUUGAUACUGGAAACAAGCAUCAUCGAUAUCAUUUUGAGGACCAUGUUCAUCAAGAAGGGACCGGAAACGCUAGAAAAGUUCCAAUCGAUGUUAAUCUCGACAAUUGGGUUGUACGUGCGUUUGAAUCGCACGGAAAACUUUCGUGAGGAACUGUUCAUGAAGCUGGGAGAUUAUCUGGAUGAUCACGACUUGGGCGAUCAAUUGAAGGAACUGAGGAAGGGAUCAAGGAAGCGGAAAUCGAUGGCGGUUGUGGAUGAAACACCCUCCAAGCGGAAGAGAACCGAAAGUGGCCACGACGAUGUCCGGACCGAGCUCCUGGAUAAUGAAUACUAUCUGAAACUUCUCUACCCAGCAGACUCGGAUGAUUUCUCCCGGAAAGUUCUCCGUUUGCAGCUGCAAGAUCAGUGGAAAUCGAUCGCAUUCGCUUGGCCGGAUCACAACGGCCGCCUCAAUCAAUCCAUGAUGGAUUACGUGAAAGGACUUCUCACGAAACGAAGCUUCACCUACUGGCGAAAGAUGCAGGAUUAUUUAGGGGAUCUACUCGAGACCCUGGUCGAGGAUCAGCAAAGUGAGACGGAGUUGUUCAAGGUAGAGUUUGCCACCUGUUGGAUGUGCUACUUUUUCGCCGGCAACACACUGAUCGAACAGACGAAUCUAUUCUGGGAAAAGUUGGGCAAGCAUUUUGCGGAAUUCGACGAGCUGCUGGCAAAGUUCGGUCGAUUGCUGAUCAAUGAAACACUGACAGAUACUCGACUGUUCGAAUCUUUCCUAAAACUGGUCUAUUUCUACGAAAACUAUCGACUGGUGGUGCACUAUUACCGACCGGAUUCGAUCGAGGAUAGCCUGAACGAUCAAGUUCAUCAGUUUCUCACCGAGGAAGAGUGGAAGGUGCUUGAACACCGAAUUCCUUCUUCCGGCGUCGUUCUGAUGAACCGAAUCCACUUGCAGAAGAUUCGUGGUCACCAGAUGAACGGUGAAUCUCCGGACGAUCAGUCGGACCUUGUGGAGAAGAUACUAGCUCCGGGAAGUUUUGAGCAGCUUCGCUGGGUCUUGAUGGAUCGCUCGUCGAACUGCUGGUUCAUGCAGCUACUCUCCCUGGAUCAGAAGGUCACCGUUGUAGAUCGCCUCCUGCAGAACGGUUGCUACACAGAAAUCGAGUACGCCAUUGAACAACUCUCGGAUGAUCACAAUUUAAUGGAAGUAGUAUUGAUUUCAACCUACAAAAGGAUCGUGGAAACGAUCCUCGCUGAGUGCAAGUCUUCCGUAGCUCGGAAGCUUUCGUUCGACGGAGUUUAUGAAUUUGACGAAGAAACGGUCAUGAAGAAGAUUCGAAAACUGCUGGAUAAAAAAGCGGAAAAGAAGGGCGAAUCUGUUUCCCUGGCCAACACCAACGACCUGAAGGACCUGCUAAAGAUCUUGAACUCGAUCCGGAUCGACGAGUUGGCUGAGACACAGAAGACCAUCAUUGUUUCGGUGGGCAUUCUAGUUUUCACCGAUGUUAUGGACUGCGGAGAUCCCGAUUUGGUUGCUUUACAUGGCAGCGUUAUUAACAAACAACUGACCUUCGGAACCGUUCCAAACCUGCUGAAGUUCCUGAACAUUGACACACUUAUCACAAUCUUCGGACAAUCCUCUCCGGUGAUUGUGGCCUUCGUCCGACAAACGGUCUCCUAUCUAACGAGCGAAGCUUUUGACAGCCUUCGGACCACCUUGGCCAACUUCUUGGAACAAAGCGACGAACGAUUCGAGCUGCUGCUAACGAUUUUCUUCUACCUGCAAAAGAGCAAUGCCAAUCGGUUGAAGCUGAUUCCGGCGGACCAAGUGAGUGAAUUGCUGACCGAGUACGUGGCUGCCAUAGAGGCGUUCAUAGGCGGGAAAUCGGCGAAAAAGGUGCGCAAGUCGGACGCGGCGCUGUUCGAUCAUCUGUUGAAGGGAUGUUCGCUGAUCAUCCACUACAAGGCUACGAACAAGAAGGAACUGACGGAAGAGCUGCGGGAGGUGUUCCUGCAGUUUGUGGAUCAAGCGCUCAAAGUCGACAGCCUAUCGUCGAGCACGCUGCUAACGAACGCUCUCCAGCACAAGGAUUUCCUGAAACUGGACCCGGAACGGAUCGAUCAGGUGGUGGAGAACCGCUGGACCAGCUUCCUAUCACAAAUGCGAGCCGAAUGUACGACGGAUUCCGGUUCCACCGCCACGGACGAAUCGGACGUGGACGCCGCCCAUAUGCAGUCGAAGAACGUCAAGGUGUUCGCCAGCUUCCUAACACAUCACCAAUCGGCAACGAAACUGGCAAAGCGUUUCGAACAGCUUGAAAAGGAAGCUACUUCGGAUAGAAGUUACCACACAAAGCGAUUUGUUCUGCGAGUGUAUUCGAUCUUUGCCAAGAAUGCUUUUGCUUCCGGGGUGAAGCAGGAGGUGGAGAAAGUCUUCGUGAGGAGUUUUGGGAAGGUGGUUGCAGAUGAGAUCCUUCCGCUGUGCGUGAUGAAGAAAUUCUUCGACGACCGGAGCUGUCUGGAGGAUAUCCUCAGCUGCUUCGCAGCUGUAGUUUCCAAUCCAAAGCUCACCUUGGUUCCGUCGGUGAUGGACCACAUGCUGGAGUUCCUUAGCAGCAUCAACAUCAAGAAGUACACCGUAAAGGACGGAGAAGAGAAGGCCUUCUACCAGCUGCAUCGGUUGAUCAGUGACGUCCUGUACCUGAUGAUGAUCAUCCGGCCUAACUACGUGGCCCAUCGUCUACCGCAGUUCUUCUUCGUGUUUAAUGGACUGAUUGCAUCGGUUAUCACCUACAAGGAAGAUCGCCCGCUGGAAAAGCCGUUGAACAGUUUUGAAAUUCUCACCUUGUCCGAUCUGCUAUUGCCGAUGGAAAAGAUCAUGAGUCACGCGGAGAAGAAAAUCGCCAAGGAUCUUCGCAUCAUGGCACCGUACGUGCUGGCACAGAUCAUACACUUUAUUAUCCAGAGCAAACGGCCAGCAACCCUGCACGAAAAAGUUUCCCAAACCGUGUACAACGUUUGCUACGGGCUGAUCGAAAUGUACGACAAACAUUCGGCCAGCUACUUGCUGAGGACGUGCGACGAAGCGUCGAAGAACGUUUACACCGAGAUCGUCAAAGGGUUCCGGAAGUAUCGGUCUUUCAAGGGGAAGAUCUAAGGUAAGUGAUGUCUGUGUACAUUAAUAUAAAAGUAGUUAGAUUAUAUGUUUUUAUCUUGUA